AUGAUCACUAAAUUCAUUUUGGCAUAUUUGGCUAUGAACACCGUUGUCACUAGCAAUGCGGAUGAGUUCAAAUGCAAGAAGUUUGCCGACGGAUCGGUCUAUCCAUCCAGCACCAUUGAAUCUACCAAUCACAAAUUGCAGUACACCAAAGCAUUGAUAUCAAAACCAGCUCCCGAUUGGAAGAGCACAGCCGUCAUUAAUGGCUCGUUGCAGGAGCUGAAGCUAAAAGAUUUUCGUGGGAAGUAUUUAGUAUUCUUCUUUUACCCAUUGGACUUCACAUUUGUUUGUCCAACAGAAAUAUUAGCUUUCAAUGACCGUAUUGAGGAGUUUAGGAGGAUCGAUGCCAAUGUUGUUGCUGCAUCAGUGGACUCACAUUUUACACAUUUGGCUUGGGUAAACACACCGCGAAAGGAUGGUGGUUUGGGUAACUUGUCAAUCCCCUUAUUGUCUGACAUGACUCAUAAAAUAUCCAAAGAUUAUGGUGUUUAUUUGAGCGAUGUUGGUCAUUCCCUGAGGGGACUGUUUAUUAUAGACAAUAGAGGUAUUCUCCGACAAAUCACAAUGAAUGACUUGCCAGUCGGUCGAAGUGUAGAUGAAACUCUAAGACUAGUACAAGCAUUUCAAUAUACAGAUAUGCACGGAGAAGUAUGUCCUGCUAAUUGGAAACCUGGAGAACAAACGAUAAUUCCUGACCCUAUUAAGAAGAAAGAAUAUUUUGAUAGACUGAUCGAAUUAUAA